AUGUCCCAUGCGCGCUAUGCAUUAUCGGACGAUGAGGAGGGCGGUAUGCAUGCUGAUCAGGCAGGCAACGCGGACUUAUCAAGAGUGAAACCAGAAGCUGCAUUGCCGCCUAUGCCGCAGGUAGAACUGGACCUGGGCCUGGACACGCAGGAGGACACGGCACAAGAGGAGCCGCACAUUUUGCGACUUGCUCACGCAUGGCUAAACGAGCGCGGAGCACCCGAGAUCCUUGCAUGGGAUUUUAACAUCGUCGAGAAGGUAAUGGACCAAAUAUUACAGCAACAGUCGAUCCUGGACUCGCUCGCUUCUGACGCAUCGACGUCGGAGGAAGAGCAUUUCCGGCUCAACCUUGUGCAAUUGGACGUAGAGCGCGCCAAGUGGCUAUUGCGCAGCUACCUGCGUUCACGUCUUGUUAAGAUUGAAAAAUAUGCAGCGUACAUUAUGGAGCAUCGGACCGAGCAGGCACGGCUCUCCGACGUCGAACUCGGCUACGCGAAACGAUACCACCAGCUCAUGCACGAUCAUUACACAAAUGCGGUGCUUCAGUUUCUUCCAGAGACGAUGCGUAGCAUGCAAGACGCUGUCCCUGGAUCUGCACCGGAGAGUCGUGCGGGGAAAAUGGCUGCGUCCCCCAACCUCGACACGCCCGUAUUUAUCUACUGCCGGGAAGACUGUGGCCCCCUACGGGUGUUUGAGCUUGACGGCGCCCCCGCAGCGCUGGACAAGGGGAGCAUCCACCUACUCGCUUACCGCAGUAUCCGGCUCUUGUUACAGCAGCGGCGCGUGGAACUGUUAUAA